GGGUGUACUGUAGGUCAGGGCGUGAGUGACAUGGCUGCUCAAGCUCGAGCUCUCGUAGCGGCGCGAUGGCUCGCGGACGCUGUCAAAAGCAACCGAGUUGGACCAAAUCUGCGGAUAUUAGAUGCAUCUUGGUAUUUACCUAAAAUGAAACGCAAUCCCAGGGCCGAGUUCGAACAAAUUCACAUCCCCGGAGCUUCGUUUUUCGACAUUGACGAUUGUUGUGACAAAAGCUCAGAGUUUGAUCACAUGCUGCCUACCGACGGCGAGUUUGCAGACUAUGUGAGUAAUCUGGGAAUAGGCAACAACACUCAUGUUGUCGUUUACGAUGCCAGCGACUUUGGCUCGUUCUCUGCGCCACGGGUGUGGUGGAUGUUUAGGGUGUUUGGGCACUAUUCCGUGUCGGUUCUGGACGGCGGGUUAAAGAACUGGUUAAGGGAGGGUCAUCCCGUUACCGACCAAUAUAGUAAACCAGCGCGUACCGACUUCAAAUCGUCCUUUAACAAGUCCUGGGUCAAAACUUAUGAAGACGUUUUGAACAAUAUUAAAACCAAUGCAUUUCAAGUAGUCGACGCCAGAGCCAAUGGAAGAUUUCGUGGGGUUGAACCAGAGCCAAGGGCAAACACAGAGCCUGGUCAUAUUCCUGGAUCGAUCAACAUGCCUUUUCAGAGCUUCAUGGACUCGACAUCAGGUCUAGAGCAUCCUGUGGAGGAACUCACCAAGCUUUUCCAGCAGGCUGGAGUUGACAUGCAGAAGCCCUUCUGGGUCACCUGUGGCUCAGGUGUGACAGCCUGUCACAUCGCCCUCGCCGCUCACCUGUGCGGCCACCCGGGGGUCUGUCUGUACGAUGGGGCAUGGGCCGAGUGGUUCACCAAGGCUGCACCUGAAAAUGUGAUCAGUGAAGGAAAGGGAAAACGGCCAUGAUUAAUGGUUUCUUAGACCCGUACCACACCUCUUCUUUGGAAUAAAGAACUGAUGACUAAUGGUAUCACAAGACUAGUAAUUGUCUUGUAAUUUUCUUUCUGAAACUAUUGCACAAUAAGGUUAUUAAGUACUGCACUAUUCUACUACUACUGCAUAUGCAUUUAAGCUUUUUCUGGUUAAAAUAAGAGUUAUAUAAAUCUAGGAAUAGAGUUAAAAGAAUUCAUAGCUCAAUUCAGCUGUCCAGAAUAGAGAUGUUCAGCAUUUCAGAAAAAGCCUCUAGAAUGUUAUCAGAAAAAAAUUUAAAUGACGUUAAAAGGAUAUUUUUAUAUCAAUAUAUUUUAAUUAUUGUGCAUUUAAAAUAACAUUGCAGACCUGAUAGCCUGUAUGAAAAAAAAUAAUUAUGCCAAAUAUAAUUUUUAGGCAAUAGAAAUGUGAUGUUACUAUUUUCUUCUUAGUUUAAAAAGUAAGCAAAAUAUAAUUAGUGACCUAACCCAGUUGUUCCUGUUUUCUUUAUAUUUCAGAGUUUAUCUAAUAAAUGCAAUAUACACAAAUA